CCCAGAACAACAAGGCAGAGGAGACAUGCCAUCCCUAUGGCACCCGACGGCCACGCGCGACGUGCUUGAGUGUCGGGCGGGAGAGACGAGCAGAGCGGCAAGGACAAGGAAAAGUCGACGGCGCCUGAGGCAGCAAAGUGGGGUGGAGUUGCAAGCAGAUCCCCGCCGCGAGUGGAACUGACCUGACUGUGGACGGGCGAGGGGAUUGUUGGCCGUCGGUGCUGGUGCGUGUGUUUUGUCGUGCUGUGUGUUGCUGUGUUUUUUCUUCUCUUUUCCCUUCCAAGUACGCUGACCUCCGUCACAAGCCCGUCCGCGUUUCACAUUACGCCAUACUCUGUCUUGUUGCCUCGUUACCACCAGCACCUCCUCCUCCUCCACCGCCGCCGCAAAAGCGCUCCUUGGCUCCCACUGACUCUUCGCUGCCUGAGAAGGCCUUGACUUGGAUCACUUUCCCUUCUUCCACUGACACAUACCUACACACGCACACUCACAUACCUGCGUGCCUGGCCUUUGUCUCGGGAAGGCAAAAAAAAAGUAAAAUAGAACGCUUGCACCCACAGCGAGGAACAGUCAUCCCCCACCAUGUCCUGGCAAGCAUAUAUCGACACCUCCCUCGUCGGCUCCGGCAACGUCGAUUCCGCCGCCAUCUUCAGCGUCAACGGCAAGGACAGCUGGGCCCACUCUGCAAACUUCAAGAUAUCGGCAGAUGAAAUGGCAGAGCUUCUGAAGGCCUUUGACGACCCCAACUCCGCCUACGCAAAUGGCCUCAAGAUCAAUGGCGAGAAGUACACCGUCAUCCAGGUCCUUGAUAAUGUCCUGCGAACGAAGAAGGGCAAGGAAGGGCUCGUGGCUGCCAAGACGGUCCAGGCAUUGAUCAUCGCACACCACCCAGAGAGCGUCCUAACCAACGCAUGUUCGGCAACAGUGGAGCAGCUGGCCGAGUACUUGAAGGGCGUUGGAUACUGAUUGCGCACAUACUGUACAAAAUUGCCGUGGAAAGCAGGAGACGCCUAUGUGAUUGCAUUGAGAGAAGGGAGGGAGAGACCGAGUGCAAUGCUGUCAACGCUUGACUAGAAGAAGGGAAUUUUGUGCCGGGGGAAAGGCGGGGGUUGCGUGAUGAUAUGGAACACAAUGAACGAACAACAGAUGAGACCAUGUGAAUAGACGCCGGUACGUAGGAAAUACCGCACACGAUCGCCAAAAUUUGUUUUCCAUCUGUUACCCCUCUUCCUGCCAAGGGCGUUCCUGUUCAAAUGUGAUAGGUGUUACUGCUCUCGACAUGAAGCUCAAGGUGGUCGAUUGAUGCGACGCAGACGCGUCAAGCCAAGAGCAUGGGCAUGACUAUGUGCCGUCCAACGAACGCCUCAGCUUUCUGCCGAUUCAAAAGGCCUGCGAAUCCUCAGAGGAAUCAAAUUCGCGACCUGAUCUCUUCUCUUUCAUGUGAUGCCAAAGGCUCUACAUCCGCUCCUUCUGGUCAGCGGUGACGGAUGAAAUAGCUGGAUCGCAUGCUUGACUACAGCGCGGAGCACUGGUUACGCUUCCGCUGCGUCGUCAUGGGGAAAGUAUCCUGCCAUUCUCUCUCGUUCAUCAAAUCAGCACUUCGGUCGACCAUUCGAUGAGCUGGAGUACCGCCCUUCAAGAUUAUGAUUGUGAGAACUAUGCCUAAGUUCGGAAUGCAAACGUGGAGUCUUGGACCGUCGUUCGCUACAAUUUGCGAUAUCUUUAGACCUAUGCCUUCAUUUUGUCUUCCACCGCUUUGUGUCACUGGCCCCGGUGAGUUUCUAGGAGAUGGUCAUUCCAGGCUGCUUUUGAAAGCCCACGGUGAUUCAUACAUGAAUUGGUG